AUGAUUUCUUCUGUUUUCCGCAACGCCUCGGAUGUUAAAUUAGGAAUAUUAAAUAUGCCAAUAGACCUAGUUCUAGUUAGACAUGGUGCCGCCGAAGGAAAUAUCGCUUUUGCUCAAAGUAGAAAAGGUAAUGAUGAAUUAUUUACUGAUAAAUUCAUGGAAAGACACGAAUCAAAGUGGAGACUUACACCAGAAGGAAAGCAGCAAUCAAUCAUUACAGGAAAUUAUAUAAAGCAAAACAUUUCACCGAUAUUUGGCGCAUAUAUUGUGUCAGAAUAUAUUCGUGCGAUGGAAACAGCAGCACUUCUCAACCUCCCUAAUGCUCAUUGGAUAAAAAAUGGUUUCCUUAGAGAGAGAAAUUUCGGCGAUCUUUCUGGACUUUCUUAUCGUGAGAGAGAAGAAAGAUUUUCACGUGCACUUGAAUUGAGAAAACGUGAUGCAUUCUACUGGAAACCUCCGUCUGGAGAAUCUCUCGCUGAUCUUGCUUUAAGAGUUGAUUAUAUCAUUGGUUCUAUACAACAUAUGUCCCUUACACCUAGUUCGGUUAUAAUAGUAACACAUUUCAAUGUCAUGCAGCUAUUCCGUACAAGAAUUGAGAGAAUUAGACAGUCUCAUUUUGAAGAAAAAUUAAUUAAAGUUCCAGAAGAGCUCAAAAUCAAAAAUGCAGGAAUAAUUCAUUAUACUCGUAAGAAUCCAAAGAACGGAAAAAUCGCAGAUACUUACCACUGGAGAAGAAUCAUAACUCCUUGGCAUAGAAAGCUAUGCAAUCCGCCAUGGACGGAGAUUAAAUAUGGAUAUCUUACAAAUGAAGAAAUUCUUAAUGAACUUGAAGAUAAAAACAAGGUUUCAAUUAAGAACGAAUGA